CUCAGGGUCGGGCCAGUCAGUGCCUGUGCGAGCUGACUCGUGUGAUGAGUGAUGGCAGUGCCAACAACCAGGAUGAAAAUCAGCAGGAACACCAGAUGGGCAAGGAACUGGAAAUGGUGCCAUUUACAUAGAUUGUGCAAGAUCUUGUGGCCCUGCCAGGCAAAAUUUCAGUGUUCUCUCAGGUUAUAAUAAACAGAUUUACUCUAUGAGUACUGAAAAAUAUGAUUCCUUUGCUAUGCUCAAACAAUAAACAUUGGGCAGGAUAGUUGAGGCCAUUCCACAUAUUAAGUGGAUUGAUCUUACUGCCACCAAAGAUUGCCAAAUGUCAGUGGGUCAAGAAAGUGAGCUAUCAGAUGAGGGGCUCUCAGUGGAGACUGAAUCUAAAGACAAAGCCCCCCAUAAUGUGUUUCUUGUUCCACCACAGGAUCAGACAGGUGUUGUAAAGGAUUACAGCAAGCAAAACUCACCAAAAUAUGUCCUUGAUUCAGACUUAGACCAGACUUCUCUUGAAAAUAAGAGAGACAUGCAGCUGAUACCCAAGAUGGUGUCUGAUUAUGUUGGGACUGAAGGUUGUGAAAUAACAACCAAAGCUACAAACUUUGCAAACAGCUCAACCAAUGAUUUACUAGAGAUUAAGGCUAAACGACAAUCUACAUUUAAAAAAGGUUUCUGUGAUAAGCCACUGUCACCUGACAGAAUCAACCAUACAGACAAGGAGAUGUGGACUGAGAAUGAGACACAGGUUGUUAAUUUGUCGCAUACAAGAGGGAGACAAAAGUUUGAGACACCUUUGAUGGACAUAAAUUCUACUGAUUCAAAGACAGAAAGUUUAGAAUAUAGGAAAGACUGCAUUGUAGACUAUAAAUCACAAAUGUUGUGUCACGGACGAGAGGAGAGAUUUGAAUCUUUGGAUACUGGAUGGAUUAUGGCAAUGUCAAGAGCAGGAGAUUCCUUGGAACAAAAUGAUGAGGGUGAGGUAUUAGAUUUAAGCCUACCAAAAAAGAAUGAAAGAAAUAAGGAGAGACAGUGUGAAUGGAUUGUGGAUCCUGACUAUGAAGGCUCACUUCAUAUGGAAGUUGAUGAAAUUGAAGAUGAGCCCCAACAUGUAGAAGUGGAGCAGGAGGAUGAUUAUGAAAACUGCUGGAUUCCAUCAAUAAGUGAAGCUCAUUCAUAUGUCCCACAGCAUUGGGAUGGACAUCUGCCCUUCCCCUCAUUGGCAACCUCGCCAACUACCAUGUAUACCAAUAUAACCCCUGAUCCGAUUGAUCCACUACUCAUAGAUGAUCAGGGCAUUCCUUACACACUCACCCCAGAUGGACAGAAAGUUCCGCAAAUUGAUGAUAAACAACACACAGAGGGCCUCUCUGAACAAACAGCUCUAAGCCGAAGGCAAGUAGAAGACAAGCCAUCUUCCAUUGCUGAUGUCCAGGAUAUUGCAGACUCCAAACAACAGACACAACCGAAUCGACUGUGUGCAAACCAUAUACCAUCUAUCUUACCUGCUGUGUCUGACAUGACGUCAGUUCCCAUUCAGAUUGUGGCUAAUAAUACAGGGUCAAACACUCCUAUUCUUCUUCUUCCUCCAUCUCAGCUUCAGUCACUUUCUUCACCAGUUUCUAAGGGUAACCCAGGAGUAAUGACCCUUUCUUUACCAGUUCCUCUUAGUCAGAGCACUCAGUCCUCCCCCAUGUUCCUUGUUUUAUCAUCUCCACAGGUGUCUUCCACUCAGAGUUCAUCCUCACCAGGGACAUUAUCACAGAUUUCCUCCACUUCCACUGUUGCACUUCCAUUAGCUACUUGUCCACUUGACCUGGGAUCUACAUUAUAUUUACCUCCCUCACUUCUCAACCUUAGCACAAUUUCCUCUGCCACAACUACAGAAAUCUCAGGACCAAAUAACCCCUCUAAUCUUCCUGGUAGCCCUACCUCUUCAACUGCUUCCUCCAGCUCUUCCACUGUGACCUCUACAAGUCCAACCAAGCAAUUCAGCAGUGAUGCCUACUCUGACCCACCAGUGCCCACUUCCUUUCGGGAGGCUCUUCUCAGAUUAGCUGUGUCUGCUGAGAAGAAAAAUGAAAAACAGCCUCAAAGCCCUGAGACACAUUCAGUCUCUACUCCCUCUUCAUGUUCCAAAACAACCAAGCCAGAUUCCAGUUUACAUGAAAUGAAAAACCAUCAGACGGAGAUAAACUGUGAAAAACCAUGUCAAGCCACUGAGACUGGGUCUACCUCAGUGGACCAAAAAGACUCAAUAGGAAGCAUGUCCACCAAUGACCUUUCCCACCUUUCUUCCACCUCACCCCUUCGUCCUGCAUCACCCGUAUUACCCAUCGAUCACCCAAAGAACCAAGACUCGCAAUCAUUAGGCCCACGUCGCAUUCUUUACUGUCAGUACUGUCCUCGAAUCUUCUACUAUCUUUCAGACCUUGAGCGGCAUUCCAUCACACACUCACAAAACAAACCCCAUGUAUGCCAACUCUGUGGCAAGGCAUUCAAAAGAUCAAGCCAUCUUGAGCGACAUAAACACAUCCAUACAGGUCAGCGAAACUUUGUGUGCCAGCUUUGCCCAAGGCGUUUUCGUGAGUCUGGGGAGCUAAUGAGGCACCAAAGAGUACAUACGGGUGAGAAACCCUAUCAGUGCUUAAUAUGCCAUAUGCGUUUUGCAGAGCGCAACACACUGCGACGUCAUACAAAGCGCAAACACCAAGGCCAGCAGCAGGUGAUGGACAUGAAUGCAAAGGCAGAAAGUGGAGAGAUUUCCCUCACCGGUAUAAAGGGAGAGCCAGAAGAUAACGCAGAGUGGUACAGUUCAACAGUUCCUGAAAUGGAGUCCAACAGUGACACGGGGGGAGAAUGAAAUAUAAGGGCAUGAGCGAAAACAUGUUUUUAGAGUUUCAAGGGAAGUAUUGCUGUAAAUAAAUGUAAUUUAUUCUGUAUUGCUAUAACAAUUCCUUAUUUUACUGUUUUCACUACUAUGCUAUAAUCAUCUAUAUUCCAGUUUAAUCUUGACACCUUAACUGUUUAUGGCGUAACCUGGCAAUAUCUGCUUUAAUAUGCUUCAGAUAUUUACAAAAACAUCUUGAAUUACUUUAAAUUACCCCAAACAGCUACUUAUUUGUUGUUCUUUUUUCAAAUAAUUUUUUUUUUUUAUUAUUUACAGCAUCAUUCCAGAAAUUUGAUUUACUGAAUUCAGCGCUCAGUUGUUAUGAAAACUCGAAAAGACUCAAGACUUAGAGGUGGUGUAUUAACCCCUGCUGAUUAAUUAUGUAAUUUACCAUGUAAAUAACAAAACAUGCUGUGACUGGACACUUAGGGCUGCUCUACAGUUCUGAUGCUUAAAUAAUGAAUUUUAGGUUUGAUUAAAAAUCUGAAUAUUUCUGUCUGUUUAAAGCUUGUCAACCCCCUUGUCUUUUUCAGGGUUCCCCAUGCUUAAUUAACAGUGUAAUUUAGUUUGCUUUAGGCUUACUGCAGCACAGAUACCACAUCGUAUUGAAGUAUCCAACUGCAGAAAUGGUUUGGACAGUUGUUUACAAAAAUUUUUUACAUUCAAAAUAUAUUUAGAUCGAUUCAGUGUUAUUUAUUGAGCUCAUUUCACUGGAGAAUUAUCACGCAUAUAGAAAAAUGGAUUCUUAUUAUAAUUUAAAUAUAUAUGAUGAAAUCUUUUAUGUCUUUUUUUUUUUUUUUUUUUAACAAAAUAAGAGUAAUCCUGCAGCAAUGAGAACUAUUUAUUUAUGGUGGAAAUGUAUUAUAUUGGAAAUGGUGUAAAAUGUCAAAUGACACAUAUUUAAUAUACAAUUCAGAAACAUGACCACAGAUAUUAAACAGACUAAUUUCUGUAACCUGUUUAACAGGAUUUUGAUAAAUAAAACAAUUAAAAUCAAAAUUUUUGCAAGCCAUCCAAUUUUCA